AGUAAAUUUCCAGUCAGUUCACGCAAAGUUACGUCGAAAGAUCACUGUAUUUCUAAAUUAUUUAGGCCGAAGAAGGUAUAUUUUGCAAAAAAGGCAUGAUAUCACGAGUUACUCACACUUCUCCUCUACGAAAUGGACAUUUUAUUUUGCUAAGCUCUCUCCGCAAUCUAUCGAGCAACGUUGGGCAGCCUUGCCAGCCUCUAAAUUAUAUCAAUGGGCAUCGGAUCAAUCCAGUAAGCGAAGAGGAAGAAAACGAUAUCUAUGUCAUUGAACCAGCUACUGGGAAAAUUAUCUGUCAGACGCAAGGUUCAGGAAAACCCGAAGUAGAUCGUGCAGUGAGCUCGGCGAAAGAGGCUUUCAGUUCGUGGUCGAAAAUGUCGGGGAUGGAGAGGGGGAAAAUCUUACGUGAGGCGGCGAAGAUUAUCCGGAGUAGAGUCAAAGACUUAGCCACAGUUGAGGUCGUGGACACCGGAAAGCCUUUCCAUGAAGCGGUGUGGGAUAUUGAAGGCUGUGCAGAUGUCACAGAUUAUUAUGCUGGUCUUGCUCCAACCAUUAGUGGCAAGCACAUUCAGCUUCCUAAUGGGUCUUUUUCUUACACAAGGAGAGAACCUUUAGGAGUGGUCGGAGGAAUUGGAGCUUGGAAUUACCCAUUUCAAAUCUGUGUCUGGAAAUCUACUCCUGCUCUGGCUUGUGGGAACACUAUUGUAUUUAAGCCAUCUCCCUUCACACCCCAGACUGCUGUUCUCAUUGCUGAGAUCUUCACUGAAGCAGGGCUUCCUAAUGGUGGUUUAAAUGUUAUACAGGGGGGAGGUGUGACGGGUCAUUUGCUUACGUCACAUCCUGAUGUUGCAAAAAUUUCUUUUACUGGAUCUGUACCCACUGGACAAAAGAUCAUGGCAGAUGCAUCAGCUGGUGUCAAACAUGUUACUCUUGAGCUGGGAGGAAAGUCUCCUCUACUUGUCUUUGCUGACUCUGACCUGGAAAAUGCUGUUAAGGGAGCAAUGAUGGCUAACUUUCUUACACAAGGAGAGGUUUGUUCCAAUGGAACUCGGGUAUUUGUUGAAAGGAGCAUCAUGGAUGAAUUUCUCAGCCGAGUUGUGGAGCGAACUAAAAAAAUUAGAGUAGGUGACCCCAUGAACCCUGACACUCAGAUGGGAGCCCUGAUCUCUGAGGAACAUCUUCACAAAGUUCUUGAUUAUGUGGAAUUAGGAAAGAAAGAGGGUGCCAAAAUUCUCUGUGGAGGUGAACGCCUGAAAAUGGAGGAACCCAGACUGGCCAAUGGUUUUUACAUGUCACCCUGUGUGAUGACCGACUGUUCAGAUGAUAUGACGGUUAUCAAGGAGGAGAUAUUUGGCCCUGUUAUGACAGUGCUGCCAUUUGACACUGAAGAAGAAGCUGUCAAGAGAGCCAACAACACUGACUUUGGUUUAGCUGCAGGUGUUUUUACAAAAGAUCUCAAUCGAGCUCAUCGGGUUAUUGCCAAUCUCCAAGCAGGAUCAUGUUGGAUCAAUAAUUACAAUUUAACACCGGUGGAGGUUCCUUUCGGUGGAUACAAGAAGUCUGGGGUGGGUCGCGAACUGGGUGAGGACACCAUUGACUACUACACGCAAGUCAAGUCAGUUUACGUUGAAAUGGGAGAUGUGGAAUCGCCAUUUUAACCAAAUCGGGGCAUUUCACCGGAGUCGUCAGUCAUUUAACAGUGGGCGGGAAUUCCAAUUCAUCCCGGACACUGUUUCAAUCAUAAAAAGGGGAACCAAUUUAAAAAGUGACUGGAAAAUUCAAAUUCAAAUUCAAUGCUAUGUGAAUUUGCUGCCCCGCAGUUUUCAUUUUUAUGAUCAAACGUCAGGAUAUCAUCCACAACUGUUUAAGGUAUUAGUGCAUACCUCCAUGUAAUGUUCACAGGAGACGGAGACCUCUCCAACCCUUUCACUCCCAUGACAUGAUUUUUAAUUCUCUUUUGUAACCACUAUACAUUUGCUUAUCGAUUCGUCAAGAGAAUUUGGUGUUUUGUCAGCCUAUGGAGUAGCACCCCCCUUGCUCACAAGUUUCGCCAUGCUUGCAAGAUAAUGUCGUGUUAUUGUAAGGAGAAGUGAUAAUAAUAAACGAACCCGACAGUCGACUGA